UCUUCACGGGAAAUUUCAUUUGUUUUGUUUGGGCUGACGUACCUGCCUGAUAUCAGAAGCCGAGCGAAACGUGAGGAAUAAUCAUCGGAGUUUAGACCCGUAAACUGCGAGCACCACCCUCCGGAGCGGGGCAGCUUGGCAAUCACUCAUUGACACUUCGAGCACGACAUCCAGCUAUCUUCAACUUCUAUCCCCAACUCUAACACAAAACCAAAAAACAAAGCUUCAAAUCAAUCAAAAUGGUCAAAGCAGUUGCUGUUCUCCGUGGAGACUCCAAGGUCUCCGGUACCGUUACCUUCGAGCAGGCCUCUGAGGGUGCCGAGACCACCAUCUCUUGGGACAUCACCGGCCACGACGCCAACGCCGAGCGUGGCAUGCACGUUCACGCCUUUGGUGACAACACCAACGGCUGCACUUCCGCCGGCCCUCACUUCAACCCUCACGGCAAGACUCACGGUGCUCCCGAGGAUGAGGAGCGCCACGUUGGUGACUUGGGCAACUUCAAGACCGACGGCCAGGGCAAUGCUAAGGGAUCCGUCAGCGACAAGCUCAUCAAGCUGAUCGGUCCUGAGAGCGUGCUCGGUCGCACCAUUGUUGUCCACGCCGGUACCGACGACCUCGGCAAGGGCGGCCACGAGGAGAGCAAGAAGACUGGUAACGCCGGUCCUCGCCCUGCUUGCGGUGUCAUCGGUAUCGCUUCGUAAGCUGACCACUUAUAAUGUCUUGAAGAUGAGGAAUGAGUAGUAGUAGUAUUGGUAUUGCUGUCUUAGGACAUGCCUUUAAAUUGUAUAGUUGACGACCAAAUCGGAGAAACUAUGACCAAGAAAGUCGGCACGUUCGUCCUCAUCUGUGACUUGCUUGUGUAGCACACCAUACAGUAGUGGACAUGCAUCUGCUUCCUGUCGUGUAUGUAUACGACACGUUUGGUGUACUCGAAGCCACGCAACAACAGACCAAGACUCUGCAUGAUGUCCAUUUCUAGCUUUACCA